GUAUUCGCCCAUGUUUUGUUUUCUGUCCUAUCUUAUUUUAUAUAAUUACAUCUAUUAGUAUUAUAUUUGUAAAUUAUUUUGCACUUUAAUUCUUUUUUAUUUAUUUAUUUGUUUUACCAAGUAGGAACUAUUGUUCCGACAUCCUGUUGUUGCCGAAGGUUUGUUUCUAGACGAACACUCACUAACGUCACUUCCUCCCCAUGUGUAGUGGAAGCGCUCCACACAUGUGAGCAGUUUCUGUGCUUUAAUACGAGUUGUGUCCGAAGAAGGGAUUUAUUUGUUCAUUUUAAAGAGUAGCAGCAGCGGAAGGAUGGAGUUUGAAGAGGACGAGUCGCUGCUCGAUGAGGAGUCCGAGGAGGAGAACAGUGAAUUAUCGGAUGGAGAGCUUCAAGAAGCUUUCAGUAAAGGUUUGUUAAAACCUGGAAUGAAUGUUCUGGUGGAGAAAAAUAAGAAGUUCGUCAACAGUGUGGACGGUUUGAAAGUGUGUCUCGCAGACUUUCAAAAAGACCUGCCGUGGGUGGAGAGGUUAGAUUUAACUAAUCCACCUGCCCAAGACGUUCUCUCUGCAGCUGGAGGCGACGUUCCUGCUGCGACCAACACAGAACUUAAUGCUGAAGAUGAUUUCCAAAGGGAGAUGUCCUUCUACCGUCAAGCUCAGGCUACAGUCCUGCUGGCUCUGCCCCUCCUGAAUAAACAUGACAUUGCCACCAAACGGCCUGAUGAUUACUUUGCAGAAAUGGCCAAAUCAGAUCAGCAUAUGCAGAAGAUCAGACAAAAGCUGAUCUCAAAGCAGAUGAACCUGGAGAAGUCCGAAAGAGCCAAAAAAAUCCGCGAGCAAAGGAAGUUUGGCAAAAAGGUUCAAAAAGAGGUGAUUCAGAGGAGACAGACGGAGAAGAAGGCCAUGUUGUCUGCUGUGAAGAAAUACCAGAAAGGAAUGACUGACAAGUUAGAUUUUCUGGAGGGYGACAAGAAAAUGGAUGUAGAUUCUUCUGCGGCUUCGAAAAAGGCUCAGAAUAAAAAGGGCCCCAACGCGAGACGAAAAUACAAGGACCAAAAGUUUGGUUUUGGAGGCAAGAAGAGUGGAAAGAAAUGGAACACCAAGGAGAGUUAUAARGAUGUUUCUGGCUUCCGCGCCAAAGUGGCCAACGCCAAAGGGGAAAAGGGAGGACGAAAAGGCAAAGGAGGGAAGCAAAAU